AUGUAUCCAGGUGUGCACCUAUCUUUACGCUUGAGAACCCUUUGUACGCGUUCGCCUUUGCAAAGCAUUACCGUUGACAGCUUGAUUCUUCGGCCAUGUAUGACUCGACACGCCAUUGGCAUUCACCGAUCGAUUCAUCUUGCGAGCCCCUCUCGUCGUUUAUUGCGUAACGCUGAGAACAAGUCUUCGUCUGAACCACAGCUUUUCAAAGCACAAAAGCCUGCAUCAUCAUCAUCAUCAUCAUCAUCAUCGAAGGUUGCGCCUGAAACUACUACAUCAUCAUCCGGUGCUGCUGCUUCUGCUCCUGCUGCAGUGAAGAAAAAGAAGACUCUAUGGCAAAAGGUCAAGGAUGAAGCAACGCAUUAUUGGGAUGGAACAAAAUUGCUUGGACUUGAGAUACGGAUUUCCUCCAAAUUGACAUGGAAGUUAUUGAAUGGUGGCUAUUUGACUCGUAGGGAAGCACGUCAGCUACGACGCACUACUUCCGACAUUUUACGCUUGGUGCCAUUUGCUGUCUUUGUGAUUGUGCCCUUUAUGGAAUUGCUAUUGCCGGUCGCUCUCAAGUUGUUUCCCAAUAUGUUGCCAAGCACAUACGAAAGCAAAUCUUCAGGGGAGGAAAAGAAGCGCAAGCUGCUCAAGGUGCGAUUGGAAAUGGCCGAGUUCCUGCAGGAGACCAUUGCUGAAUCUGGAUUUCCUGGAUCAGCUAAUCCUCAAGCAGCCAAGGACUUUUCGGAUUUCUUUAGAAAGAUUCGAAUGACAGGGGAACAAGCAUCCACCGAAGAUUUACUCAAUGUGGCUCGAAGCUUUGAAGAUGAACUCACUUUGGAUAACUUGACCCGUCCUCAGCUGGUGUCAUUAUGCAAAUACAUGAACAUCAACUCGUUUGGUACAGACAACUUUCUCCGGUUCCAGAUUCGUAAUCGUAUGCGGCAAAUAAAGGCUGAUGACAAGGUCAUUCAAAGUGAAGGUAUCUCGAGCCUCACCAUCCAAGAACUACAAAGUGCAUGUGCAGCCCGUGGUAUCCCAUCCUUCAAUAUGUCCCCUGGUCGCCUGAGAGAUGAACUUGCACAAUGGGUGGACCUCAACCUGAACCACCAAGUGCCUACCACGUUGAUGAUCCUUUCCAGAGCAUUCUCCUUCACCGAUCGUACCGUGUCUACUGAAGACGCCUUGCGUGCUACAUUUAAUAGUUUGCCUGACAACUUGGUGAAUGAAACGGAGUUGCAAGUACUUGAAAUGGUGGGCGAGAGCACAUUCAAACAAAAGCUUGAAGUCCUUGAACAACAACAAGAGCUUAUUGAGGAUGAAUCCGAGCAAGAAGAAAAGGAAGCUCAAGCACGACGUGAAGCUCAAGAGGCUGAGAUCCAACGAUUGGAGGAAGAACAAAAGAAAGCAGCGGACAAGUUGGAUGCCUUCAUCCCCGAUCAAUCCAAGGAGGAGGAAGCAAUUGAAAGCAAAAAGGUGGAGAGUCACUUGUCAGAUGAAGAUAAACAAGAACUUGAAGACGCAUUGGCCAAAUUGCGUACCAAAAUGGAUGUCUUGGAAGAGCGUGCUCAGCUGAAUGAAAUCAAAUUCAAUCAUGAAGAUUACAAAGAGCUUGCUGAACAAGUCAAGGACGCGACGAAACGUGAUGCGGAUAAAGCUAGUCUGCGUUUAGGCAAGCGACUUGAGAAGAUGUUGAGUGAGAUCGACCAAGAGCUUGAUAAGCUAGAAAAGGAACAGCAAGAAGGGCCAAAUGCACAAUAG